AUGCUGCCCGCGCAGCUCCGCAAGGCCGUGGAGGCCGCCAACCAAACUGCGCAGCAGCAAAUCAAAAAUGAAUCCGAAAACAAAAUGACUCCGGAAGAACACGGAAGACUUGCGGAGCUGCAGCGCCAGAGGGCCCACUUGGAAAUGAGGCAGCUGCAGUACUCUUUAUUUAAUUAA